AUGGAGGAGGAUAAGAAGGUGGAGGAGGGAAAGAAAACGGAGGAGGAUAAAAAGGUAGAGGAGGACAAGAAAACAGAGGAGGAUAGGAAGGUAGAGAAGGGAACGAAGGGUAAAGAGAAGGGAAAGGGGGAAAAAAGAAGCAGACAGAAGGAGGAAGGGGAGCAGGAUAAUAUUUUUAGAAGGAGUAGGAAAACGGGUAGAUCGCCAAUAAGAAAGGAGAUAGAGGGAGAUAAGAGUGAGGGGGAGGCAAGAGAGGGAUGGGAAGAGAUAAGAGAAGAGAUUAGGAAAUGGAAUGAGGAGAAAAAAGAGAUGAAGAAAUGGAUGGAGGAAAGGAUGAACGGGUGGAAGAAGGAGAAGGAGGAGCUAGAGAAAAGGAUUAGGAAUAUGGAAGAGGAGAUAAAAGAAUAUAGGAAGAAGGAGAAAGAGGAGGUAAAGGAGGAUAAAGGGAAGGGAGAGAAGAGAGAGGAAGUAGGAGGGGAAAAGAAAGAUAGGAGAUGGGAAGAGAUAGGAAAAAGGGUGAAGAAGAUAGAAAUAGACGGAGAGAAAAAGGAAAGAGAAGAAAGAAAAAGAAACGUUAUAAUAAAAGGGAAGAAAGGGUGGGAGAAGGUGAAAAGGUGGUUAACAAAAGGAUAUAGAUGGGAGAUACAAGAGGCAGGGAAAAAGAAUAACAAAGGAAGAGCGAUAGGAGGGAUAGUAAUGGGAAGAAGGGAGGAAAUAGAGAUAGAAGGGGAAGUAGAGGAGGAUGAGGAAGAAGGAAUGAUGAGCAUGAAGGUAAAAAUAGGAAAAGAGUGGUGGAGGAUAAUAGGAGUAUAUGUGAACAAGGAUUUAGAUAGGAAAAUAGAGAAGCUAAGAAAAUGGAUGGAGAACAGGGAAGAAGGGGUAAAAACACUGAUAGGUGGAGACUUUAAUGCAAGGACGGGGACCGGAGGAGGAGGAGAGGAAGGGGAUGAGGAAAGGAGGGGGAUGAGGAGGGAGAGUGGACAUAUACAGGCGGAAGAGGAGGAACGGUGA